AACAAACUCUAUCACAAAAACAAUCAUACAAAUAGAUUAUUACUCUCUCUCUCUCUCUCUCUCUCUCUCUCUCUCUCUCUCUCUCAUAUUUUGCAGUUGAACUCAACUCAGAGCAAGAAAAUGGAUGCUAUGAAUCAGUUACAGACAUUCAUCCAAAAAGUUGACGAUCCAUUGUUGCAGAAAACAUUUCAGAAUCUUCAUCAAGGUUAUGUUACUGAAACAUUGACUCGAUUUCUUAAAGCAAGGGAUUGGGAUCCUUCUAAGGCUUAUCAAAUGUUGAUUGAUUCUUUGAAUUGGAGAGUACAAAAUGAGAUUGACAAUAUAUUAUCCAAACCAAUUAUUCCUGCCGAAGUAUAUAGAGCAAUACGUGAUUCACAACUCAUUGGAGUGUCCGGGUACACAAGAGAGGGUCUUCCUGUCUUUUCAAUUGGUGUUGGGCUUAGCACGUUUGACAAAGCAUCCGUACAUUAUUAUGUGCAGUCUCACAUUCAAAUGAAUGAAUAUCGCGACCGUGUAAUCUUGCCUUCUGUAUCGAAGAAGCAUGGUCGGCCUAUUACCACUUGUGUUAAGGUUUUAGACAUGACUGGUCUGAAGCUGUCGGCCCUGAAUCAGAUUAAGUUGUUAACGAUUGUAUCAUCCAUUGAUGAUCAGAACUACCCUGAGAAGACGCAUACUUAUUUCAUUGUAAAUGCGCCAUACAUAUUUUCAGCUUGUUGGAAGGUUGUGAAGCCACUUUUGCAAGAGAGGACAAGAAGAAAAGUGCAGGUCUUACCAGGAUGUGGACGAGAUGAGCUGUUAAAUAUCAUGGAUUACCCAUCUCUGCCACAUUUCUGUAGAAAAGAAGGCUCUGGUUCAUCCCCACAUUUAGAAGGUGGAAGCGAAAAUGUCUAUUCUCUGGAUCAUCCCUUCCAUCAACAGCUCUACGACUACGUCAAGCAGCAAGCCAGACUCCGGGAAGAUGUUGCACCCAUCAAACAGGGAUCAUUUCAUGUGGUAUUCCCCGAACCUCAGGAUGUGGAUACAAGGAUUGCCAAGACUAUAGAGUCGGAGUUUGAUAGCUUAACCUUGAACGGUGAUAAGGAACGUUUGAACAAUUUGACUGAGACACGGGUCUAAUCGAAGACAGGUCAAUCCCGGGAACAAGAAGGAAACCCACCAGCUGAAGACUAGCAUAACAGCUAUAAGAACAGGAAAUGAGAAGCUGCUGAAAGAAGGAAGAAACAACAGGUGUGGGAUCCCAAUCUUGUAGAAAACUGGGAUGACUCAAUGAUUUCAUCAUGGAAGGAAAGGACACACUAAGAGAUUCUCAGAGCUUUGAGGCUGUUAUUCUAUUAAAUUUUCAUCUUUAUUUUUCAAUUUGUUAUUUUUAUAGUGAGGUAUCAAGUAGUAUGGAGAGGAAAUAAAAAAGAAAAGACUUCUUGGAAUAGGCGUGCUACAGAAAGAAUCACAAUUUGUUAGGAGUUUGGCACUGACUCGAAGAAUGUAUACCAAUAUAAUUGCUAUCACUUAAGUUAAACAAAUUUGAGAACGACAAUGCAACUAAAACUAUUUUUACUUAGAA